CAAACGGUCACUCUUGGAAAUUUUUUGCUCGGUUCGUCACGUUGGUGCAUAAUUUCUUGCAGAAAUCGCGUUAAAAGUAGAAUUUUAAAGCGACUAACGUGUGCAAAAGCAUUUACACUUGUAUUUUCUAGCCAGAGUCUUUAGGUAACCACAAACAACAGCACAAUAAUGGCAGACAACGACGAUCUUCUCGACUACGAGGAUGAGGAGCAGACCGAGACCACGGCGGUGGAGACACAGGAGGCGCCCAAGAAGGACGUGAAGGGCACGUAUGUGUCCAUUCACAGUUCCGGCUUCCGUGACUUCCUGCUCAAGCCGGAGAUCCUCCGUGCUAUUGUUGAUUGCGGCUUCGAGCAUCCCUCGGAGGUUCAGCACGAAUGCAUUCCGCAGGCCGUCUUGGGCAUGGACAUCCUCUGCCAGGCCAAGUCCGGUAUGGGCAAGACGGCUGUCUUCGUGUUGGCCACACUCCAGCAGCUGGAGCCAUCGGACAACAACACCUGCCAUGUUCUGGUCAUGUGCCACACCCGUGAGCUGGCUUUCCAGAUCAGCAAGGAGUAUGAGCGCUUCUCCAAGUACAUGCCAACAGUUAAGGUUGCCGUGUUCUUUGGUGGUCUUGCCAUUCAAAAGGAUGAGGAGACUCUCAAGAGUGGUACUCCGCACAUUGUGGUGGGAACCCCCGGACGUAUUCUAGCCCUGAUACGCAACAAGAAACUGAAUCUGAAGCAUUUGAAGCACUUUGUUCUGGACGAAUGCGACAAGAUGUUGGAGCAACUGGAUAUGCGUCGUGACGUUCAAGAGAUUUUCCGUAGCACACCGCAUGGAAAGCAAGUGAUGAUGUUCUCUGCCACAUUGAGCAAGGACAUUCGUCCGGUGUGCAAGAAAUUCAUGCAAGAUCCAAUGGAGGUCUACGUGGAUGAUGAGGCGAAGCUGACGCUGCACGGACUGCAGCAGCACUAUGUCAACCUGAAGGAGAAUGAGAAGAACAAGAAGCUCUUCGAACUGCUCGAUGUGCUUGAGUUCAAUCAGGUGGUAAUCUUCGUCAAGUCUGUGCAGCGCUGCACGGCGUUGGCCCAGCUCCUGACAGAACAAAACUUCCCCGCUAUUGGCAUCCAUCGCGGCAUGAACCAGGAGGAGCGUUUGAACCGCUAUCAGCAGUUCAAGGAUUUCCAGAAGCGCAUUUUGGUGGCCACCAUUUUUGGUCGCGGCAUGGACAUUGAGCGUGUAAACAUUGUCUUCAACUAUGAUAUGCCCGAGGACUCGGACACAUAUUUGCAUCGCGUGGCCCGUGCUGGACGCUUCGGUACCAAGGGACUGGCCAUUACAUUUGUUUCGGACGAGAACGAUGCCAAGAUACUCAACGAAGUACAGGAUCGAUUCGAUGUGAACAUUAGCGAGCUGCCGGCUGAAAUUGAUCUAUCCACAUACAUUGAGGGACGCUAAAACUCGAAAGUGCAUGUUUAGGAACCCGACAAAAAUGCACUUCGAAUAGAUACAAACCACAACAAAUCUUUUAUAAACAACCCAACUUUAUUACUAAAUAAAAAACAUUCAGACAAAGUGUUGACCUACAAAAGUC